UCUAUGAGUCUCCAUGUUAUUGAAGAAGAAAUAAGUGAGAGACACUUACCUAAUUAACAUAAUUCAGCCCUACCAUUCCAUCUUUCCUUUUUUCCAGGCAGAUAGACACAUUCUCAAACUCAAUGUGUCAAGUUAUUUACCACUUUCCAAUUUUUGUUUUCUAAAGACACUCUGAUUUGGCUAACAAGAAUGGGAUUAAAUUCACUGCUUGCAUAGAAUUUACUGGAGACUAUUUAAUGCGCAACACAAACUUGAGAACUUUUCUGUCCAGCUUCUUGCUAAAUAUAUGCCUUUUUUUGACCUUUCAAGACAGUCAACUUCGGCCAGCAGUGAUGGCUUCGCCGUCCAACAAAGGAUGGGCUAGAAAGACGCAUAGGAUUCAGAAGCUGUCUCAUUAAAUCAUUAAAGGUAUAGUGCUCAGUUGCAUAUUAACCAGCAUUAUAUUAAAAAAAAACUGAACAAAGAACCUGAAAGGCACUAGGGAAGACUCCGUAAUAGUUAUCCCUACUGAGGUGUUAAAUGAAUAUUAAAUGUUUUUUUCCAAAGUGUUAAAAUAAUUUUAAGAACAAAGACUCUUUUUUCAAAGCAAGCUGACCUUAUGUAAAAAACCAGAACAUUUAAAUAUGUUGUUCCAAGGGUUAUGUAAAUUUGAAGACUAUUUCUUGCCUGUGCCUUUCAAUUACUGAUUAAGUGCUCAAACUAGUAUCCACAGUUUAAUGUGGAAGAUUCAACUUCCUUAAUAAAAGUUACAUUUCACAUGGAGCACAGGUAUAAGGACCAAAAGCUUUGAGAGAAUAAAUUGUUUGUAGUAUUCCUGGAUACACAAAGAUGAGCCUUAAAUAAAACAGCAGAAAUUACAAAAGUAGCAUCAGAGGAGACCCCAGUUAAAGUGAGAGGCUAAUGUUCCUUUAGACAAUUAGGCAAUUUCCUCACCUCUGCCAAUGUAUAUAAGAGAAGGGGAGGAGGAAGACCAAACUAACUUUGGGAAGUGACACAAGUGAAAAUGACCAAAGAGGAAAUUAGAUCAAGCUGUGUGGAGAAACACCAAUGUUUCUCUGUGGUGUUUAACCAUCUUCAGGUCAUUCAUAAAAGAGAGACAGCACUUCUUAGUCAUUCUCAUAUUCAAAUGUGUAUAUUCUGUCUUUUCAUUCCACCCCUGCCACGCCAAACCCACAGACUACUUUGAAUGGAAUUUGCAUUGCUUUAGCCAGGAAGAAUAACAAGGUUAAUGUGGGGGAAGAGUGUUCCUUAUCAUCCCCUUUGCCUGAUUCCUCAACUUCCUUUGUGUGAUUGGUUGAGCAACUAUGUUCCAAAAGAUAGCAUAGAAAUGGACCAGUUUUUGUAAUCUGCUCCAUAAAAAGGCUACUUAUAAGCAAUGUUAUAAAAUGUUCAGAUGAUCACUUUUCCCAGACAUGAAAGGCCCAGUUGCAAGAAACAUUUGCUUUUAUAAGACCACAAAGCUUAUCUUUUCUCCAAAGAAAAACAUAGUUGAUGUACUUGUUGGGAUCCAUUUACAGCACCAGCGAGCAAGGAGUUAACUAACCAGCCCUUUAAAAGAGGAAAUGAAGGCGUCCAUUGUCUAAUUAUACUGAAAGCACUGCACAAUUAUGACUAAAAGCAGAGAAGUAUCAAGGAGUGUCUAACUUUGAGCUGGUUUACUUUCCUGGUGCCUUUUGAAGAUUUAAGAUGUUGCACAAUAUAGCUCUGCUGUCCACUGUUACUGUUUUGGGUGUGCUGGAACAAGCCUAUUUUGCCAUUCAGGUGAUCGUCUUUCGGAGGAAGUUCAAAGUCUCUCCUCCCAUCAUUUCAGGCCCACCAGAAUUUGAAAGGAUCUUCAGAGCACAAGCAAACUGUUCAGAAUAUUUCCCAAUAUUUCUGUCCCUGUUAUGGGUGGCUGGAAUCUUUUCCCAUCAAGUUUUGGCUGCAUUCUGUGGACUAAUUUACCUGUAUGCCCGCUAUCAAUACUUUAGAGGAUAUGCACAUUCUGCUGAAAGAAGAUUGGGCCCCAUGUAUUUCAGCGCUGCAGUUCUUUUCAUUCUUAUUGGCUUGUCCAUGGUGGGAUUACUCGUCCAUUUUGUGCGAUACUUCUGAUUUCUCAACAGUGCUUUGAAAUCCCUUUCAACUGACAAAAUACUCAGUGAUUUGCGCCUUAGUUGUCAACUUUCAUUUCUCCUUUUUCCCCCUCAAAUUAAAAUAGUUUUGCACACCAGCCUUUUCAAGCUAUAAUUUUAUAGAAAUGUAUUUUAGUUUUCUGUUAAUGUUUCCCCAUAGUGGUAUUGUUAUAUCUAUUUCCUGUGGUAAAAAAAAAAAGUUAAGCUGUAACAGAUAUACUUACAAGGUAAAAUUCUGAAUAAUACAUGAUAUACCAUUAGGCUAGUCUGAUGCUUUGAACAAGGAACGUGAGGUAUCAAGGUUUGGAUUUAGUGCUGUUGGAAUCAAAGGCUUGUAUUAAAGAUGUUACGCUCACGUUAUACUGGAAGACAACCAGAAUUAAAUUAGUCAAACUAAUUUGAAAUGAUUGGUUAGGAACCAUGGAUGAAACUGAGGUUUCUUUUAAAGAACCCUUAUUGGGCUUUUCUCAGAAAAGACACAUCCAGUUGCAGGAAUUGGGUUAGAUAUGAAUAAGCUGAUGAAAAGGUUUACUCUUUUAUUGUAGUUUUCAAUUAUUAAGCUAAUUUUGUCUUCAUUAUAAUUCUAAUUGUUUUCACCUCACAGGAGGUUGGUAGUUCAAUCCUAGGUAGCGACAGAUAUUUCUCUCUGUGGGUGUAAUGAGAAAAUAUCUGCUGUGAGCUCCGCAUAGGCAGUGGGAAGGGCAUCUGGCUCAGCUCCAUUCAGUCGCCCCGACCCAACACGAUGAAAGGGAUUACGGGGUCAUUAAAAGAAAAAGAAAAUCUACUUGUCCUGAUUUUAUUCUUUUCUCUCUCAUUUCCAUAUUGUUUGAAAAGAGUUAAAAGAGUACCUAUAUUUCCCAAUCUUUUAACUAUAGCUCCAUCCCACAUACUAGGGUGGAUCCAAUCUGGUGAAGGAAGAGUCAAGUCCUAGGCGACACUAUUAUGGAGUGACUUGGGGCUUCCUUAUCCUCUUUACUACCAUGCGAAGUUGGAAGAAGUCAUGGAAGUUCACAAUGUGGUGAAUAUACUGAUGAUCUCCACGUGUACAUCUCCGUUUUGGGCAAAUUGAAGAAGCAGAAGGUAUCCUGUGCAGUGCCUGGAGGCUGUCAGGAUUUGGAUGCGGAGAAACGGGCUCACAAUCCAUCAAAACAUCUGCUAAUUUAGAAGCCAAUAUUUUCUAUGUAACAUUUUAAAGCUUAUUGAAGUUAAACCACAGGGAGAACAGAUGGGCAACUUGAGAAUCCUGCUGAAUUCAUGUCUAUGGUGAUUCUCAGUCAUCCAGGUCAUGGUUGUCUCAAAGGUGCUUUUCAAAAGGCAACUAGACUGGUUUUGUUUUUUCCAUGAAGAUGCUUCACUUUUCAUCCAAGAAGCUUCCUCAGUUCAGAACCAAAGUGAACUGAA